CAUUGCGCAUGACAGUCAGUGCGGCCUUGCAGACUGAGAGCGCUGCCAACAAAGGCCGAGUCGAUGGGGUUAAAAAAAAAUAUUAUUUGAUCAUCUAAAACCCUUUUGUUAUUGUAAUUAUAAUUUUAAAUAGGUUGUGAAUCUGUGAUUACGUUAAGAAAUGUGUGAAUGAUAUGAAUCGUGACGACUAGCAAAGGAGUCAGCUGGUCAAAAGUGCGAAUAGUGAAUAAGAAAUGGCGGCCUUGCCAGCAGGUGUUCAGUAUGCGUUAUCAUCAGAGUCUAGUUAUAAAGAAAACAAGGAACUAGUGUUUGUGAAAUUAACGGAUUCAGCAUUAAAAGCUAUAGAAGACUUCAUUAGAAAUAAUAGGGACCGAUUUGCAACACCUAAAAUACAGUUCCUGCCCGGAAAUGAGGGGAAAAUCUCGAUUCCGGCACCGUCCAGCGGAAAUGGAUCGGCGGGCGAAUCCACGUUUCACUUCAACCUUAAUAGCAAUGCUGAGAUGGAGGGUCCACAGGGUUCAUUUGAAUGUGUGCGGAAUGCAGUCGGCGGCACGAAGAGGCUGGAGUCGUGCGGGCCGCUGCCCAGAAGGAUGCGGGUGCAGGCCAACGAUGACUCGUAUGAGGCCACAAAAGACCGAAUGUCGAGGACCAUAGCUGCGGAACAGAGCAAAUGCACCCGCGUGAUAAAGCCUAAUCAAACGGACAUUGGAAGGCGUGUUAAAGUGCGUGCAACGCAUUCUAUGUACUCAAAUGGGCCGGUUGCGGAACGGCUCGAACGGCAAGAGCGGCUUGAACGGGCCGAACGCCCCGAUAGGCCUGAACGGGCCGAACGUCCCGAUAGGCCAGAACGGGCCGAUCGCCCCGAAAGACCGGAACGGGCAGAACGUCCUGAAAGGCCGGAACGGGCCGAGAAACCGGAACGUCCCGAAAGGCCAGAGAGGGCAGAUCGCCUGGAAAAGCCCGAGCGGUUAGAACGGCCUGCUGCCGUAGUUCCUCCCACAAGUCGUCCACAACCUCAGCAGCAGCCGCAGCCGCAUCCCAACCCUCAACGGCCUCCAUCCAACCCUGACCUUACGAGGCGACCUAUUAAAGAAAGACUUAUACAAUUAUUAGCACUGAAACCCUUCAAGAAGCCGGAACUGUUCACCCGACUUUGUUGUGAGGGUAUCAAAGAAAAGGAACGUAGUAUGGUGACAAAGAUUUUGACAGAGAUUACGGUGGCGAAAGACAAUUGUUACCACUUACGUAGGCACAUUUGGAACGAUGUCAAUGAAGAUUGGCCAUUUUAUACGGAAGAGGAGAAACGUAUGCUCAAGAGGCGGAAACCUCAAAAUCUAACACCGCCGUUAAGCAGCGAUUCGGCAAACUCGCUAUCCCCGCGGGCUUCGCCGGCGAACAAGCGUAGCGGCGCAGGCGCAGAGGAGCCCCCGGCAGCUAAGAAGCAACGCAUCUCGCACUACCGCCGCCCUUCGCCCCCUUCCUCAGGUUACGCCACCACUUCCUCUGGGGAACGGCAUGCGUCGGACAACGAGGAUGAUAGAACCGUGAAAAAGGACAACGGCUAUACCCUUAACUUCACAACUGUGAAGGACAUCUGCCCGAGUCCUGUGAAACCCAACGGUUUUAGAAAUAGUCCGCCCGUAGAGCAAACUAGUAUCACAGUAAAAGACAUCACAAAUACAGAACCAUUAGUAGAAAAUACAGCUUUAACGUCUGUCCCUGAAGAGAAUACGACGAAUGACCUCGUAGAAAUUGAAAGGCAAUACCCGCCCAUAACGAGUUCGAGCACGCGCCGCGCGUACAAGAACGAGUUCGCGGCGCUGUACACGGAGUACCGGGCGCUGUACGCACGAGUCGCGCAGGUCGCCGCGCUCUUCACGCGCCUAGAGCAGCAGCUCAAGCGAGCCGAGCCCAAGUCGCCCCACCAUCGGAGCAUAGAGCAGCGUAUAGUUGAAGAAUACCAGCGCGCGCGCAACGACGCCGAUUACCAAAAGGAAAGGCGGCGAGUCAACUACCUGCAUCGGAAGCUCAACCAUAUCAAGAGAAUGGUGCUUCAAUACGAUCAGCUGUCUCUAACGCAUAUAAAGGACUACGGGGAACUACCUCGAAACCUUAAGCCCGAGCGAGUGUCCGCCGCGAGUACGACGCAAGCGUACUGACACUCGGGCAAGCCGCCGCCCGCCCGCUGCAUAUAGUCGAGCAGCUAUGGACUCAGAACUCCCGAGUGGCAGAAUAUACCCGGUUUAUACAAGAAAAUCCAAGGCAAGGGUCGUGGCAGAAUUCCCCGAUUUAAUACUAUGCGAGAAUCGUGACGUUUGGUAUAAUAGGUACUGUAAAUGAUAGGCUAAGGGCAUGAAAUUAACUAUACUAAGUCUGUGAUAAUUAACACCUUAGGUCAUACAAUUUGUAUGGAUUAUCUUAUAAUUAAAUUAUGAAAGAUUCUAACUUUAGUAUAAAUUAGAUUUUGGAGAUAUGGGCUUAGUGACCAAAUUAUCUUUAUCCAAUUCACAUCUUUGCAGUUAAUUAUUUUACUUAACUUCACGAUUCUUGUUAUCCGUGCACGUGCACUUAGGAGGGAUCAAUGUAUAGCUGACUCGUUUGACUAGGGAAGAGAAAGAGACGGCUAUAUGUUGUGUCACGAAUUUGCUAGUCGGGUUUGUACGCGCUGACUACCUUGCUACUAAUGUUGGAAGUGUCAAAGAGUACUAAUAUAUUUAUUGUAAUUUUAGCUGAAUAUCAUUUAUAUUGAAUACUUAUUUUAACGUAUAUAUUUAUGAAUUUUAGACAAUUUGUUAUGCAUAAUUUCGUGAUUCCAUAUAUGGGUGACCUUUGUGCUUGCCAACAUUGGUCGAGGUCAAUACGAUCAGUGCAGGCCAAAUUGCAGUAUUGUAAAUGUGUGUAUAAUUGGUUGUAUGUUUCCUAAACGACGCUGCCUUAAUGUACGAAUUGUACGGACCUUAUUCUCUAUUAGUAAUUUCGUAGUGACCAUAGACCUCACAAAAGUCUAGGUGUGAGUCUGUGGAGCGGUAAAAUUUCUAUCAGAAAUUAUUGGAGAAUGAGAGUAUCAAAAUUGAAACACACAUGCACCUGCCGAUUUGGAACGAGAUGUAUAUAUUGCGGCAUAUUAUUUUAAGUUGAAGAGUUCUUCCAUUAUGUUAUCUGAUGUAAAAUAUUGAUUUGGAAUAUAUUGGAACACGAGCGACGUGUUACCGCUGUAUACCGGACAUGAGGGCCCAUUACGAAUUUUAUAAUAAAAACAUUUAUAAGAAAACUUAGCUUAAUUAAUAUUACAUAUUUUCGGACAUUAACUGUAUUUCAUAUAUAUGGAGCAUUAUUUUCGUUAGCUUUUAUCUUUCUACUUAGUCAUAAGACUUAGUGAGCGAGUGGAAAUAUAAAGGAAGGUAUCGAUGUUAUUUGCUCUUGUUAGUGUAGUUUGACAAUUGCAAGAAACAUUUUAUUGCCUUGAGAAGUCUCGGUAGUACUCUUAUAGUAGAACUUAAGACGCUGCUCAGAAAUGUUGCGGCUGUAUAUAUGGUGUUUUAAGUUGCAACUGUGGGAAACUAUCGAGACAAUGUUUAGGUGAUAUAUUUCAUUUUUAAUCUCAUUUGAUUUUUUUUUAAAUGUAAAUACUGAAAAUACUAUAAUUAAGUACAUAAUAGUCCAAUAGUAGUUUGUUCGUCCAAGUUUAAUUCCAUUGAAAUAUUGCCGUCUUGUUAUCGUUGUCCAAAAUUCAACUAUUAUUUGCCAAUUAUUGGUGAUGAAUGUUUGUACUGGUUUUAUCAUUUAAGGAAUUGGAUGGAUACUAAAUUUCAAUUGUAAAUGUCAAUUUAAAGGACGAAAUGCCUUUAAAACAAUUAUAAUUAUUGCCGUACAACGCGUCGUCCCUCGCUUACCAUCCAAUGUUCGUAUUGGACGUUUAAUAUACGCGUCUUGCCCCGCUUGCUUGUUGUAUAUAGUACAUUAUGAAGAUUUAUCAUGUUCUUGUUAAAUUUGACUAUGGGUAGUGUAAUAUUUCAAUUUUUCUUUAAUAAAAUAAUAUAUUAUAUUUGCUCCUUCGAGGGAGUCGCGUCGUGAUCGUGCCGGAAUCGCGAGCGUGCCCGUUGAGAUGAUUUGUUGAAAAGCGUACCUAAGCAGACCUUUAGUUAAUUCACUAUGAAUUAGAAUAUCCCCUUCCACUUUUCAAUGGCUUAAAUCAUAUUUUUAUAAUUGGAAAAAAAUAAUAAUAAUUAUAUCUCAACGGACACUCGUAAGUGAAAAACUCGUGAACGUCACAAAAAUUACUCGUGUAUAUAAAUCGGACCGAAAAGUAUUAGAAUGGCGGUGCGGCCACGACGCGAGCUCUCUAUGUUACGUGGUCAUAUAUUUGCCAAAUUAUAAAUACAUUUUACAUAAUAAAUUAGUUUUUAAUUACAAACGUCUCGCAAGUUAGCAACCGGCCAGUGUUGAACAUCCACUAGAGUUAAGUCUGGUCCUUUUCGCGUAACCCUCCAAAA